CUCUCCCGCCGUGCUGCUGAGCCUGCGACGUUAGCAGUGGGUGAAAAAGAAAAAAAAAAUAAACAACAACAAAAUUCUCUCUUUGCCUAACAGCGGACGCAUAAUUUCGAAGGGAAAUAAGAAAAGCUCCAGGCCCAUAUUUUUUUCUUCCUGGCAGAACAUUGAGGACAUGUUGCGUGACUGAGAAGACUAAUUUUGGUGUGCAACCUCAUCCGCCGGCCAUCCUUGGGAACGCCGUCCCUCACCAGAACAUCUUCCUAAAGGAUACACAGCGGACUGGCCAGACCAGAGAGAGGAGAACUUUUUAGUCUUGAGGAGUGAGGAGGCAACAAGGAGAAGAAAAAGAUUCUUCUUUAUUCCAAGGGUCCAUCCAUUUGUGUCAGUUUCAGUUGAAAUUUAUCGAGGGAUAUGAAGACAAGCUGUGUCAGUCAACUUUGCAGCUCAACAAGAUAUGACAUAACAUGGAUCCCCUGCUAAUUACCAUGAUGACCAUAAAGCUGUGACUGGCAUUGCGAAGCCUUCACCCCCUUUUCAGCACCCCUCUCCUCUUUGGAAAUCCCUCGCAGCAACCUCUGUUGCUUCCCUGUCUCCUGCAAAUACGCCCCUGUUCCUGCCUGUCCCUCAGGUCCUCUCCUUAAUAAUUACAACUUCCUCUAUUCCAGUUUUUUUCAUUGGCAUCAUGCAGGUUGCUACUACAACCUCCACUCUCCUUUUUCUUAUUCUUCCCUCGAUCCUUUUCCUAUCACACUUUCCCAACAUGGUCAAGGGAGACUGCUGGCUCAUUGAAGGGGAUAAAGGCUAUGUGUGGUUGGCUAUCUGCAGUCAAAACCAGCCGCCAUACGAGACUAUCCCCCAGCACAUCAACAACACGGUCCAUGACUUGAGAUUGAAUGAGAACAAGCUUAAAGCAGUGCUCUUCAUUUCUAUGUAUCGCUUCACCAACCUGACUGACCUCAACCUCACCAAGAAUGAAAUCAGCUAUAUUGAGGAUGGAGCCUUUGCAGGACAAGCCAACCUACAGGUUCUUCAGCUGGGCUACAAUAAGUUGACCAACUUAACUGAGGGUAUGAUGAGAGGGCUUGGCCGCCUGCAAUGCCUCUUCCUGCAGCACAACCUGAUUGAGGUUAUUGCCAGCAAUGCAUUCUGGGAGUGUCCCAGCCUCAGCAGCAUUGACCUAUCAUCCAACAAACUUGCCCGCAUUGACCCAUCCACGUUCACAGUUCUCAGUCGGCUGAUGGUGUGUGAACUGGCAGCAAAUCCAUUCCAUUGUGGCUGCGAUCUUUAUAGCUUCCUCACCUGGUUGGAGUCCUUCAACAAUGUCACACACACCUAUGACCGCCUCCAGUGUGAGACACCCCGUGAGAUGUUUGGUUACCCCCUACUAAUUGCUGCUGGUCAUGCUGGUCGGAAUGCAAAAAACAUAUUGUACCAUCAUUGUCGUGAUGGCGUGAUGAUUCCAGGGAUGACCUCUCUCCCCCCAGAUCUGGAUGGUCCUUCUGGGAUCGGCCCAGAGAUGUUUGGUGGAAUUGGACCGUACCACCAGCCCACCACCUCUUCUUCAUCUACUGAACACAGCUUCAUUCCCAGCAUCAAGCUCCAUCAUGUCUCUUUGUCAUCAGCUUCUCUCCUUGUGCAGAUUCCGAGGCCCUACAGCAAAAUGUAUAUUCUCACACAGUAUAACUACACAUAUGUGUCUGAUGUCAUGAAUUUGAAGAACAAGAAGGAGAUGAUUACCCUCAAUAAGCUCAAACCGCACACCAAUUACACCUUUUGUGUAGCAUCCAUCCGCAACUCUCAACGUUACAACAACACUUGUCUCCAGUUUACUACUCGGGCUCAACAUCAAGAUGACAUGCUCCCCACACCUUCCACAACUACUCACUACAUAAUGACCAUUGUGGGUUGUCUUUUUGGCAUGCUCAUUGUUCUAGGCUUCGUCUACUAUUGUCUUCGUAAGAAACGGGUCCAUGAUGAAAAGAAGAAGUCCAUCUGUGUUAAGAAAACUAUUCUGGAAAUGCGAUAUGGACCAGAGGUAGCAGCAGCAGUGGCAAAUGAUCCGUCAGCAGUCCACAAGCUUCAAGAGCAGUCCAGAGAACAUCACCAGUAUCAACACCAUCAUGGAGGCAAACUUCCCAUGUCCACAUCCUCCAGCUCGGGAAUGAUCCACUCAGCCAACACCAGUUCGUCUAGGCUUUCCUCCAUCCCACAAGUGGAAAAGAUGGCCACUGCCUUUUCAGAGGCCAUGGCCACAAGUAAAGGAAAUUAUAUGGAUGUCAGAACUGGAGGGGCAGGAAUGGAGAGGAUGGGAGAUGGUGGGCAUGGUGGGAUGAGAGGGGCAGACUUGAGGGACAAUGAUGGAACUGAUGUUGGAGAUGACUCAGAUGAUGAUGGACAUGGCUCUGCAUCAGAAAUUUCCACCAUUGCCAUGGAGGUGGACAAGGUAAACCAGAUCAUCAAUAACUGCAUUGAUGCACUGAAAUUGGAUGCAGCAGCAGUUGCUGCUUCAGGGACCUCCACUAACUCUACAGUCUCCUCCAAUCCCACCUCCCCACCUGCCACCAGCACAUCCUCCCUUACUCGCGGCCUAAUCCCACUUUCCCAAGGGUUGGCAGAGACAUGUCAGAUCAUUGCUCCCAAUAAAAUACCCCCUCCACCACCUCUUCCAGCCUUCAAUGCUCCUCUCUCUGAACGCCCAGGGAUCAGUGGUGGUGGCUUUGUUGUCACUCCCCCCUACAGGCCUCCUCCACCAGCCACUGCUGUACGUCCCAUUCAGCGACAAAUGAGUGCAGAUGCCGCUGUGGUUAUUGUAAAUGCUGUAAAAAAACAGUGCAGCACCACCUCAUGCGGCUCCAUGGGGCAGGACAGGGAACGUGUAGGAGCUAGAGUUUACAGCCUAGAUGUUCCUGAGCCAAGGAGCCCGGAUGCCUGUAAUCAACAACAACAGCAGUACUCAGACCGGGCCAGCCCCUUGGGCUGUGGGGAGCCCCUAGAGAGACUGCCUUUAGUGGGAAGUGGGAGCUGUGGUGAAGGGGGUGGUGGUGGUUGCGACAGUGGUGGUGUUGGUGCCCAACAUCAGGACAGCCAGAAGCCACACCAUUACCAUCAACAGCAACAAAUACAACAGCAACAGCAGCAGCAGCUGGAGGUGCAGCAGGACUACCACUGCUCGGAGCAUCGCCACUCCGUCCCAGCUCUCUACUACGAAAGCUCCCACCAGGGCUCCCCAGCCCAGAGGGUUUCCUUCCUGAAGCCCCUGACACGCUCCCGCAAGGAUGCAGCAUCGUACUCCCAACUCUCGCCUGCCCGCCACCAUUCCAGUUACUCUGGCUACUCCUCCAGCCCUGAGUACUCCUCGGAGAGCUCACUGCGGAUCUGGGAGCGCUUCCGUCCCUACCGGAAAGGUCAGCGAGAUGAGGCCUGUUAUGUGACGGCUGGAAAUGCUCUUCGAAAAAAAGUGCAGUUUGCUAAAGGCGAGGACCUGCAUGACAUCCUUGAUUACUGGAAGGGUGUGUCAGCACAACAGAAACUGUGACUGGGAGAGCAGAGAUAAGAAUUGAGGUUUGGAUACUUCUUUUUCUGAUAGGCCUGUAGGCCAGAAAAAAAAAUGGGGAGAAACAUCGGAUAAAAUUUUGCCUUUGGGCUUUUUUGGCAUGCUAAGUGUAUAGAAUAUUGUACUAAGAGCAAGGACAAUGAAACUGUGCCUGGGAUAUAAGAGUUAUUACGGUGUUUUGUUUUACACUUCAUUGUAGCAUCAUUUCUGGAUAAUUCUCAUUUUGUGUUUUUGGGUUUUAUUUAUCGCACAGGGAGAAAAUGCCAACUGUGUGAUUUAAUGCUAUUAGAGUGAUCACAUUUUGUGAUCCAAUGGACUGUUUUUAUCAGUGCCAUGUUUUCAUCUUGGUAUUCAUAGAAGGUAAUAUUGAUAACCUUCAUUUUAAGCUUGUCUUCAAGAUAUUGUUUCUUAUUUUGUAUUGGGUGCUGUAUCAAUUUGCAGUAUGCACUUGGAUAUGUUUAGAUUUCUAAGGAAGGAAUAUUAUAACAAAGUUAGAUCUGUGCUCUCUUACAAGUGUAAACAUGCCGUUUAGUGUACAGAGUUGUCAAAUGGAGGUCCUAUCACUCCUUUAUGAGAUCUUUCAUGUGGCUGAGGUAUUUCAAUAGCAAGUUUUACACAGAAAGAAAUGAUAAAUGGGAAACAAAUUUAUGAAGAGCAAACAAUUUUCCUUGAAAUUCCUGCAGCAUGCUGAAAUCAUAAGAGAGAUUAAAGUGAAACCUGGCUCUUAGAUUGCACCCUGAAGUGUUCGGCACAUCUUUUCAACUAAAAAGCCCUAGUAAUGAUCAAAAUCAU